AUGACCAACAUUUCAUUGGAGGAGGUGGAAGGAACAGAAUCCGAAGAGACAGAUUCUGAGGUGGACUCUGAGGAAGAGGAGGAAGAGGUAUUGGGAAAAGAUAAAGCAGAAAAUAAACCAAGCUUCACUCGGAAACUGGCUUUCUUCAUGGCAGGGAUCAAAGAGAUGAUUGGACAUCUGAUAAUGACGGCAGGGAAAGCCAUCGUGACCCUUUUGCUAUGUUUCGCAGGUAUUGUGCACCCAUCUCUCACCUCCACAGUCUAUUUCUUCAUGUUCCUGGGGUUAUGCUCCUGGUGGGCCUGCAGUCGUAUUUUCAGCUUGUUCUUUUUCAAACGCUUGUGUCUUUUGAUGGUCUUUGUCAGUGGAGGACACCUGGCUGCGAUCUACAUCUAUCAGUUACCUCUUGUUCAGGGACAACUUCCACGUGAUGAUAUUCAUAUGAGGUUGUUUGGUAUGACGGCAGUGAUCAAAACCAAUAUGUCAGAACCAUGGCAAUUGAUGACCCACCAUGGGCUGCACUGGCCUGUCAUUCUGAACCCCAUUGUACUCCUCGUUCUGUACUACACCGUUUCAACACUAAUUCGGCAGCAGCUCCUCAAUGAUGAGUCAGGGGCUGGCCUUCCGGAGAUGGUAGCUUAUUCUGCAGAAAAUAUGUCAGAACAAAUCAAUGCUGAAGCCACUUUACAGAUUGUCGAAAAUGAUAGCAAAAAGCAGUCAUCGAUUAAUCCAAUUAGUGGCCAUGCAGUGGAGUUGACUGUUCCUUUCUAUUUGCCACGGGGGAACAAUAACUGUCUGCCAGUACAGAUGUAUUGCUCCCCAGACUACACUCAGCAAUCCUCUGACUCUGACACAUACACAGAGACGGAAAUAAUGGAAGAUGAUUCUGGGAACUCAUCCAGCAGUCCAUUGAUCAUUGGCCACUUCAUAAUGCAGCAGAGCUACAUCUUUGCACUCAUAUUCAUGAUGAUCUGGAGCAUUACUUACACCAGCUGGCUGACCUUUGUUCUUUUGAUCUGGUCCUGCGUGAUUUGGAUGCUGCGUGACCGUCAGCGCUGGGCGAAGUUGAGCUCUCCCUUUCUGGUGGUUUAUGGGAACUUGCUGAUAACCCAGCAGUUCUUUACGGGCUUGCAGCUGAGCGAGACCGAGCUCUUCCCUCGGGUCUCCAAUGCUGUCCUGAUCGACUUUGACCUGAAGCAUUCCAACACCCCAUGCUUGCACCUGGGUGCCAAGAUCACCUACACAUUCACCUUCUGGCUCUUACUGCGUCAGCACUUGACCGAUAAAGAGAAAAUGAGGAAACGGAUGCAAAUAUCACUCGAUGAGAUCAACGUUCAGGAGACAGAGAAGGAAAGAAAAUUGAAGGAGAGAGAAAUAUUUGAGACUGCACAAAAGGACGAAACUCUGAUGACAGUGAUCAUCUCUGUGAUUAAGGGAUUAUUGAUAAAAUACUGGAUCUAUUUCUGCACAGCCAUGUUUACCAUAAUUAGUUUCAAUGGCAGAGUUGUGGUCUAUAAAAUUCUCUACAUCAUGUUGUUUCUCUUCUGUGCAGCACUGUAUCAGGUACAUUAUGACUGGUGGCGUCAAAUCUUGAGGUAUUUCUGGAUCACUGUUGUGUCUUAUUCAAUGUUGGUGCUCAUCAUUAUCUACACCUAUCAGUUUAAAACAGUCUCCUGGCUUUUUCAGCAGAAAAUGGGAAUGUCUGAGGACAGUUUGAAAGACCUGGGUUUGGAGCAGUAUGACAUUGCUGAGCUGUUUGCUAAUAUCUCACUUCCUGCAACCUUCCUCCUGGCCUGCAUCCUCCAGCUGCAUUACUUCCAUGAUCAUUUCCUCAAGCUUACUGACUGUAGGCAGGUCACUCCCAGGCAAGAUAACCUCAUCUAUAGAUUGCAUCCAGAGGGCAGCAUCUUCAACAAUGCUGCACUCCCUGAGAACAUCUCUAAAUCUAGUAUUAAAGCUGGUGCUGAGAAGUUGAGCAAGAGAUUGGUUGAUAAACACCGUGAUAACAUUAGAAGCUGCAGCAUUAACACCUUAGAGAAGCUCAACUUUAAGCCUAAGGAGCCAAGAUCAGAGCAGGAGAAGGAAGCAGAUAUGGAAGGAUAUCCAAGUCCUUGGAGCAUUGUGAUUGACAGGUUGACUACCCUUUUCCUGCGGUUCCUGGAAAUGGUACAUCAAGCCCAAGUCUUGGUGUGGAGAUUACUGGAACUGCACAUCAUUAAGAUCAUCUCAUCCGUUAUUAUCUGGAUUACAUUAAAAGAGGUCUCACUGAUGAAUUACAUUUUCCUUAUCCUGUGGGUAAUAGCAAUGCCCUAUUCCUCAUUCCGUCCACUGGCCUCCAGCAUUUCUACCAUGUGGGCCUGCGUCAUGAUUGUCUGUAAAAUGAUGUACCAGCUCAAGGUUGUGAAGUUAUCCAAAUAUUCUGCAAACUGUACUCUGGUGAGCAAUGGCACAGUUCUGUGUUUCUCUCUUAAUGGAAGCCAGGAAUUGCUUUCCACAUCCACCUUGUACGCUGGGCCUAUUGACCCUACAUAUUGGUAUGGAGCACUGAAGAAGUGUGAAGAUAAUGUCUUGCCCUGUCUCAUGAACCACUUGAUUAUCCUGGGUUUGCUGGCAUUCGAAGUGACUAUUUAUCGCCACCAACAGUAUUAUAGGCUCCACAAUGGGCUCAAGACACCUUUAUCGGGAACCUUACUUGACAAUAUCACACGGCUGCAUUUGGACAAUGGACUGCUGAACUGCAUCAAAUACUUCACAAACUAUUUCUUCUACAAGUUCGGGUUGGAGGUCUGUUUCAUGACAGCCAUCAACCUUAUUGGACAGCGCAUGGAUUUGUACUCUGCAAUUCACGCCUUGUGGUUGACAGCUGUUCUCUGCCGGUGCCGAAGAAAGGCCAUCGCUGAAAUAUGGCCCAAAUACUGCUGCUUCAUCACCUGCAUCAUUCCCUUCCAGUAUUUGCUGUGUCUCGGGAUCCCUCCAUCUCUCUGCAAAGAUUAUCCCUGGAGGUCCAGCCUCGGACUGAGCUCCAAUCUCAUUAAGUGGCUUUAUCUGCCAGAUUUCAUAAAAAGACCCAAUCCAAUGUUCCUGAUGUAUGACUUUGCGCUGCUGCUGUAUGCAUCGAUGCAGUGGCAAGUGUUUGAAGAUGAGAACACAGCAGCAAUACGGAUGAUUGCAGGUGACAAUGUUGAAAUCAGCCGCUGCCUAGACACAGCUACUGUUAGUCAGUAUAUUCCUGUGGCCAACUUCCUUCACUGCAGGUCUUACUUAGACAUGCUGAAAGUGGUUGUUUUCAGCUACUUGUUCUGGUUUGUGUUGUGUCUAAUCUUUGUCACCGGGACCACCAGAAUUAACAUCUUCUGCAUGGGUUACCUGGUAGCCUGUUUCUACUUCAUGCUAUUUGGAGGACAACUGCUCCUGAAACCUGUCAAGAUCAUCCUCAGGCACUGGGACUACCUGAUUGGCUACACCAUACUGGUGAUUGUGAUGAAGAAUGUAUUUUCAAUUGGCUCCUGUGUCUACUUGAAGAACUUAUUUGAGAGGAACUGCUGGGUGGUCCAGACAUUUGGCAUGGCCUGCACUAUCAAGGAGUACGAUCUACCAAAAACAGAUGACCUGCAUGAAGCCUGCGAGGUCCCUAAUAAGCAGGCAGGCAUUAUUUGGGACAGCAUCUGCUUUCUCUUCCUACUAGCCCAGAGGAGGGUCUUUCUGAGUUACUAUUUCCUGCAUGUAGUGGCAGAUCUGAAGGCUUCCAAACUGCUGGCAGCAAGAGGAGCUGAACUAUUUGAAGCUAAGGUUAAAAAAGGAGUCACAGCAAGACUGGAGAAAGAAAGGAUAUCCAUGGAGAUGUUGAAGAAACAGAUGGAAAGGAUUAGGGCUAAACAGAAGUACAAACGAUCGGAAACACCAAUGCCAAAACCUGGUGCUCCUUCACACACAAUCAAUAGGUUAAAGCCGGAGAAUCGGGGAGAGUGUUCAGAUGUUGAUCAAGACAAAGCAGGUGACAAGAAGAAAUGGUGGCAGCCCUGGGUAACUCAUUGCACAAUGAUUCGCAGCGGGGAUUACUAUCUAUUCGACACUGACAAUGAGGAUGAAGCUAAAGAGGAAUCUGAAAUAGUUAAAGAUGAAACAAUAAAAACCUCAGCAUUCCAGUUUGCUUACCUGGCCUUAGUUAAAGAUUCAAAAGCAGCAGUCAAGGAAAGACACAAGGAGCUGAAGCAGGCGAAGAAAGCACAGAGGAUGAAAGAAAAAAUGAAGCAUGCUCAACAAGACUUAAGCAGAGCUGACUCCAGUGAAGAUGAAUUGGAUGCCUCAAGUGCGCAGGAAGGUGGUUCUGAGGAUCCGGAUAAUCUCAUCAAGCAUGGAGUCAACAUCCUGACCUUCACCUGGAUGUUUAUCCAAGCAUUGCUUGAUGGGCUGAUUGAGCUGCUGAACUCCAUCUCCAGGGAUUACAUUGAUAUCUCCACCGUGCUGAGGUUUGAGAGGUCCAUUUUGAGAAGAGAAUUAAAACAGGGAAAGCUUUCAAACCAGGAGACCAUUCACCAUUUUUACAAUGCCAAGCUGAAAAGUCAAGCUUCCCGCAGCACUGAUGGAGUUUUGGUGGGAGAUGAGACAAUGGAAGGAAAGCGAACUACAGAAUCGGGCUACCAAAAAAUGACCAGUACUGAUUCUAUGCUGUCCAGAGACAGCAGUGUGUCCAGUUGUAACACUGAAGUCACCAUCGUGUACUCCAGACCGGCAACCAUCGAUGAUAUAGAUGACAUUGAGGAGCCGGCCUCUGUGAUCCCAAAGUCUAGCAAUCGCAUUAGGUGGAGGCUGCAGAAGAUGCCCAACAUUGACAUGACCUCAUCAUUGGGCAGUGUGCCCUCAAGUACAUUAAUCCAGUCUGCCAGCUCAACUUCCUGGCAGGGAACAACAGAAACCAUAGAGGAAGAGGAAGAUGAGAUCGCUGAAGGCAGCAUAACUCCACAAUCUUACCACCCACCAUCCUACAAUGCAGCAGCAAAUAGCUCUGAUGGUCAAAGCAUCUCAGAGGAGAACAUGUACACAGAAUCUGAUGAGAGGAUGUCAAAGAUGGACCAAUUAACUCCUCUCACCUGUGAGAGUCAUCUCCUAACAGCAAGUGAUCUACUCCUCAGCAAGGUGUUUCAUGACAUCGAACUGGAGGAGUCAGACCAAUUUUACAGUAGUUUGCCUCAUGUCCUGAAGCUGCUGUUUGCCUUGUAUAACACCAUGGUGUCCCAGUCAGACAUGUUGUGCUACUUUGUGAUGAUCCUCAACCAUAUGGUCUCCGCCUCAAUCCUCACCAUGGUUCUACCCAUCCUUGUCUUCCUUUGGGCAAUGCUUUCAGUGCCAAGGCCCAAAAAGCGGUUCUGGAUGUUGGCUAUCCUGUACACAGAGAUCACUGUUGUUGUAAAGUACUGCUUUCAAUUUGGAUUCUUCCCUUGGACCAGCACCACCUAUCGAGUGCUUUACUUCAAUCAACCUUUCUAUCUUCCCAACAUCAUUGGCAUUGAGAAAAAGGAUGGCUAUGUGCAUUAUGACCUUAUCCAGUUGCUUGCCCUGUUCCUGCAUAGGUCAGUCCUGAAGUGCCAUGGUCUGUGGGAUUCUCACGAUGUGGUGAAGGGGCAGCAUUUUGAGAAAGAGCAGAAACAAAACAACAUUCAGAAGCUGGGAGAGGUGAAGGAGGACAAUGAGAACAUGCAAAAUGUCAGCUUACAGGACAUGGCAAGAUCUCCUGGAGGAAAAAAUGUUUCCAGAAGGCCAGUCAAAGAAGACAGAGUAAAAGCUUCAAAGAAAUCCAAAAAGAAGAAAAGAGAAUCACCAAAGGCCAAUAAACGAUUAAGAGAAACCAUCAUGGAGCAGAUAAGGGAAAAGGCACGGACGGCAAAAAGAUGCAUCACCGUCAUAGCUCUUCAAAUCUACUUGCCUGUUAGACAAUUCUUCUACAACAUCAUCCAUCCUGAGUAUAAUGCAGUAUGUGACGUCUACGCACUCAUGUUUCUGAUCGAUGUCAUUAACUUCAUCAUCACCAUCUUUGGAUAUUGGGCUUUUGGAAAACACACAGCUGUGGCUGACAUCACAGAAUCCAUCUCUGAGGAUCAGGUGCCCCAAGUGUUCCUUGUGAUGAUGCUGGUUCAGUUUGCCACCUUGGUGAUUGACCGUGCUCUCUACCUCAGGAAGACCGUCAUGGGGAAGGUCGUCUUCCAGGUUGUCAUGGUACUUGGGAUCCAUUUCUGGAUGUUCUUUGUCCUCCCUGGAGUGACUGAAAGGAGGUUUAACCAAAAUCCAGUUGCCCAGCUUUGGUACUUUGUUAAAUGUAUUUACUUCGGUUUAUCAGCCUAUCAGAUCAAAUGUGGCUAUCCAAACAGAGUGCUUGGCAACUUCUUAACCAAGAGCUACAACUACGUCAACCUCCUCUUCUUCCAAGCUUUCCGGUUGGUGCCCUUUCUGACGGAGUUGAGAGCAGUGAUGGACUGGGUUUGGACUGACACCACACUCAGCAUCUCCAGCUGGAUUUGUGUGGAGGACAUCUACGCUAACAUCUUCAUCCUGAAAUGCUGGAAUGAGUCGGAGAAGAGAUACCCUCAGGCAGCCGGUCAGAAGAAGAACAUGUUGGUGAAGUAUGGGAUGGGUGGCCUCAUCAUCACCUCUUUGAUCUUCAUCGUAUGGUUCCCACUGCUCUUCAUGUCAUUGGUCAAAUCUGUCGCCGGAGUGACCAAUCAACCAUUGGAUGUCUCCGUCAAGAUAAGCAUCGGUGGAUAUGAGCCUCUGUUUAUGAUGAGCGCACAGCAGCAGAACCUCAGGCCACUCUCCACCGCAGCAUAUAACGAUCUCACUAAUCAGUACACCCUCUAUCCGUCUGCUAUGCAAUUUUUGGUUAACUACAUGCCAGAAGACAUAACGGUGGCUCAUAUAAAGAGCGAUGCCAAUCUGCUGUGGAGUAUCAGUCCUGCCAGUCUCAAGGCGAUGAAAGAAGAAAUUGCCAAUUCUUCAAGGAUUUAUAUACAUUUCCACUGGACCAUUCUGAGGAAUGUUUCCCUGUUGAUGAAUCCUGAAGCUUUUGGUAAACACACAGUGCUUUGCACGGACAGGGAAGUGAAAAGGGAGCUGGUUCAGCUGCUGGAAGGAACCCGCGAGAAGCCAGUGUAUGUUACAUACUUGUUGCCUCUGUCACUCUCUCACGGGAGGUGGCUGCUCCCAUUUUCUCCCCAUAUCCUUUGCAUUCUCUCUCAUUUUAGGCUGAUUGGGGGUCUGUUACCAAAAUACAUUCGAGCGACUGCGCAGCCUGAAGCUAAGCCGGCUUUUCGACUUCGAGUAGCUUUUCCCAGGGGUGAUGAAGGCAGUCUGGCCUUCUACAGGAAUGUCUCGCUGCAGAUGGAGGAGGAACCUGGGCCAGGCAACACAUCGCAUGGAAAGAUGAAGUGGUGGAAUAUCAAGGAAUGGAACCCCCAGUGUGCCAGCCACCAUUGCAGUGACAUGGAGCUUAUCAUCUUCAAUGACAAAGUCAGCCCUUCAAGUCUGGGUUUCCUUGCUGGAUAUGGUAUCGUCGGCCUGUACCUGUCGGUGGUGCUGGUAAUUGGGAAAUUUGUUCGCGAAUUCUUCAAAGGCAUCUCUCGCUCCAUCAUGUUUGAGGAACUGCCCAACGCUGAUCGAAUCUUGAAGCUGUGCACUGAUAUCUUCCUGGUGCGUGAGCUGGGGGAGUUGGAACUGGAAGAGCAGCUCUUUGCCAAACUCAUCUUUCUUUACCGCUCUCCUGAGACUAUAAUCAAGUGGACCCGCGAGAAGCAGGAGUGAAUGAUGCAGGCAGGAGCACUAUCACUGAGAAAUUGAACAUUCUUUACAUGUUGUAAAGGGUGUAUUCACUCAACAUUAACCUCAGGAAGCCUCAUGGGAGCCUUAGAUUCCUAAAAACUCUUUUUACAGCUUCCUUAAUGAGAGAGAAAAUCUGCAUGUUUAUUCAUUCUGGAAUGCAUUGAAUUUGAACUUUUUAACUCAAGUAUAUAUCUCAACAGGAAAACAGCUUGUACUGCGUGGGCAAGAACUACCACAGAAUUAUUGGUCAACUGACGCAUUGCUAAAAAGACAAUAACUCAACUGCUUACCCCUGCUAAAUGUGCAGUUUCACAGCUCAGUAACUUCCACUUCGAGUACCAAAUGCUGUUCAGAAAUAAGUACACGAAAAGUAACUGCAUAAGCCCAUCAGCGUCUGAAGGAAAUCACUGGUUCAGCGGCAGACCUGGUACCACCAGCAUUUCAUUUUCCCCCCCUCUGAGAAUCUUUUCUUUUUCUUAAUAAUUACAGUUGGGGUACUUGCUAUUGAUCACUUGAGUUGCAUUACUUCCAACCACUGACAUUGAUUUAUAGUGCGUUGAAUGUAAUUGUAAAAUUAUAGGAACACAAAGUGCCAGUGAAGGAAAGGUGGGUGUUCUUUGGUAAAGGAGCUUAACAUUCUCUCCCCACUGACACGUCGUUCAUUCAAACACUAACACUUUGGGAGAAACUUGCGUUUUGCUCAUACUAUAUUUGAUAGAUAACACUGCACGACUUCUACCAAUUGUUCAUCAUAACUUCAAUAUGUUCAUGGAAACACAAAACCCAACAUUAACACAAAAAUUCCCUGCCCCAAUUGAGUGCGCUUAAAGGAACAGUCAGUGGAUCAUGGAGAACUGCAAUAGCUAUCCUCUCACACUUGGCAGCAACAGACAUUACAAUUCCCCACCUUUACUCAGCUUUUCAGAGUGUUCUCAACACCAGUACUUUAUCCUGGAGUGGUACCCAGUCUUUCAAGACAGAACAGCAGGUGAAGUUCAAUCAUGUGCAGCUUUUAUAAAACACUCACCUUGCACAGUGCAAAUUGGGAUUUCACUACAAAGGGAAAAUGGAGGGUGUGCUUUUUUUGCUUUACAGAAGAGGAGCAAAUCGAAUUAGAAGCACUGUCAACACAUCUUGUAUUUCUGUGAACUGAAUAAAUCUGGCAAAU